AAUAAAAAGCGUCGAUUGUACGUCAAAUAAGUGUCGUCACAGAUCAAAACACUGUCCAAUUUAUUUUACUUAAUUUCUUGAGUAAAUAAGAUGGGAUGCGAUGGAGGAACCAUUCCAAGGCGAGAUGAAAUGGUCAGGGUUAAGAAGAAGGCAGAACAGAAAGAUAAAGUUGCUGAGCUUGAUGCCAAGUGGAAGCGCUGUGCAAUCACACAAGAACCAUUGCAUCCUCCUAUCAUGGCCUGUGAGAUUGGAAAAUUGUACAAUAAAGAGAGUGCUCUGGAACUUCUGCUGGACAGAACCAAGUUUGAGUGUGCCUCCAGCUUCUCUCAUCUCCGAGGAUUCAAGGAUCUGAAGGAGCUGAAUUUGACUGAGAACCCGGCCUAUGAGAAACCUGAGAAUGAGAAGGGAGAUGGCUACAUCGACACAAACAUUGCUCCUUACAGCUGUCCUAUCGUGGGUAUAGAGAUGAACGGCAAACACAGAUUUUCUGUCUUAUGGAAGUGUGGAUGUGUACUAUCAGAGAGAGCCAAUAAAGAGGUCAAAGGUCAGAACUGUCACAAGUGUGGAACACCCUUCAGGCCUGAGGACAUUGUGAUACUGAAUGGAACAGAGGAGGAGAUUGAUGAGUUGUACAAACGUAUGGAGGCCAAAAGACUUCAGGCAAAGCUAGACAAGAAAUCAAAGAAAGCACAGAAACACAAAGCCCCGGAGGCAGCUGCUGGAUCAGCUUCCCAGGAGACAGAAUCAGCAACUUCAAGUAAAGUGUCCAGGAUUGAGCCAAGCUCAUCGCAGAAUGGUUUGACCAAUGGAACAUCAUCACACACCUCCAAACUGACCAACGGGAAAGUUGAUUACAAAUCAAGACAUAUGAAUGGGAAAACAGAAGAUUCAAAGAAGCCAAAACCUAAUGGCAGCAUUCAAGAUAACCCCAACGCAAGCACAGUGUUUAAAUCUCUGUUUACCACGAGUCACAAAGCAAAGAACCAACAGAAUGCACACUGGGUCACCUUCAACCCUCAGUAUAAUUAGACAGGAUGGGACAGAGUGACAUCAUGUUAACGAGAUAUUCACUAAUCAACCACACUAAAUCGAGCAAUCGAGUUUUAACAGAACAAUUUGUUGAUAAAAGUUCAUUUUAAGAUAUUUUUGGCCCUUAAUUAAUGUUACUUUAAGUCUGAUCUCUAGGGGCAGAAAUUCUGUUCCUCUCAGCAUGGUGCGGAUGUGAAAUUUGUGGCAUAAUGCAUCUAUUUGGCAAAGGAUGAAUGUCUUUAAUAUCAUUUACAAAUUAACACUUUGUUGUUAUUGAUUGGGGCAUAAUCUAAAAACAGAAAAGAAGGAAAAGAAGGAAUAUUGUUUUUACUGUUUAUAGGUCCAGAGUAUUACAGAUGUUCAGGGACAGUCCAGAACACUGUCUUUUAUUUAUGAAUCACUUCACUUUUGAAAACGAAAAUAAACAAAUUUUACCUUUUAA